AGAGUAAGGUUGUUCCAGGAACCAAACAAAAACAAUUCAUAAUAUAAACCAAGUAACCAAACACCUCAUUGCUUGCCUUAACGCGCUCUCAAAGGGGAAAAAAACUGGUCUAUUUAAGCAACUUUUUUGUGUGUUGUGGGAAUAAAAUAAACAAAAUUAAAUACGAUCCUAAUUCUCAGCUCAGAUACAUUGCAUGUGAAAAUUUCAACUAAGUAUAAAAAAACUCAUAUCUUGACCUCAUACUGACCGAUCAUUUCCUUUUCCUUUUUUUUUUCCUCUCCUCUCUUCUCUCUUCUCUCUCUGCUUUUUUUUUUUGCCCUAUCAAUAGGGUUUUCUUCUCUCGUCUCGAUCUUUGAUCUUCAUGUGCAUCUCUCUCUUUGCUAUAAUCGGAGCUAAUCUGUUUGUUUUCUUCUUAAUCGUCUUCAGAUCUUUCCUUUUUGCUCUUUCCCACUGGUUUUCGCUUGAGAAAUCAAGCGUUUUCGUUUUUCCUGGGAGUUUUGAGCUCAAAUCAUGUCUCAGAUCUAUAGUUUUGCUGGUGAAAAUGAUUUUUACCGUCGCGGCGCAAUAUACCCAAACCCGAAGGAUGCUAGUCUUUUGCUGUCGCUUGGUAGUUUCGUGGAUGUCUAUUUCCCUCCUAGUAAGAGAUCGCGUGUCGUUGCACCUACGGUCUUCAGUGGUUUCGAGAAAAAGCCAGUUUCAAUUGAUGUGCUUCCAGAUGAGUGCCUUUUUGAGAUCUUUAGGCGUUUGCCUGGACCGCAAGAGAGGAGUGCUUGCGCUUUUGUCUCGAAACAUUGGCUUAAGCUUGUGAGUAGUAUCCGGCAAAAGGAGCUUGAUGUUCCUUCCAACAAAACUGAAGAUGGUGAUGAUUGUGAAGGGUGUUUGUCUAGGAGCUUAGAUGGCAAGAAGGCAACAGAUGUUAGACUAGCUGCAAUUGCUGUUGGGACUGCUGGUCGUGGGGGACUUGGAAAACUGUCUAUCCGGGGAAGCAAUUCUGGUAGCAAGGUUUCAGAUAUUGGUCUUACGUCAAUUGGUCGGAGCUGCCCUUCUCUGGGGUCUCUUUCUCUAUGGAACCUUUCUACUAUUUCUGACAAUGGUCUCUUGGAGAUUGCUGAGGGUUGUCCUCAACUUGAGAAGCUUGACCUGAACCAAUGCUCUACAAUCACUGACAAGGGUUUGGUUGCUAUUGCUAAGAGCUGCCCUAACUUGAGUGAGCUGACAUUGGAGGCUUGUUCAAAAAUUGGAGAUGAGGGUCUGCAAGCCAUUGCACGAUCCUGCUCCAAGCUGAAGUCAGUCUCGAUCAAGAACUGUCCUCUUGUCAGGGAUCAAGGAAUCGCCUCUCUACUGUCUAACACAACAUGUUCUCUGGCAAAACUUAAGCUUCAGAUGCUGAAUGUCACUGAUGUGUCUCUUGCUGUUGUGGGUCAUUACGGCUUGUCGAUCACUGAUCUUGUGCUCGCUGGAUUAUCACACGUGAGCGAGAAGGGAUUCUGGGUCAUGGGAAAUGGUGUCGGGCUCCAAAAAUUAAACGCUCUGACCAUCACAGCCUGCCAGGGAGUGACUGACACGGGGCUUGAAUCUGUUGGAAAGGGCUGCCCGAACAUGAAAAAGGCGAUCAUCAGUAAAUCCCCUUUGUUAUCCGACAAUGGGUUGGUAUCUUUUGCAAAAGCUUCUUUAUCACUUGAGAGUCUUCAGCUUGAAGAAUGCCACAGGGUUACCCAAUUUGGGUUUUUUGGUUCCCUUUUGAACUGUGGUGAAAAGUUGAAGGCUUUCUCUCUGGUGAACUGUUUGAGCAUUAGAGAUCUCACCACAGGAUUGCCUGCUUCAUCUCAUUGCAGCGCUCUGCGCUCUUUGUCUAUUCGUAACUGUCCUGGCUUUGGUGAUGCAAAUCUUGCAGCCAUCGGGAAGUUGUGCCCUCAGCUCGAGGAAAUUGAUCUGUGUGGGCUUAAGGGGAUAACAGAGUCUGGUUUCCUACAUCUAAUUAAGAGCUCUCUUGUGAAGGUCAACUUCAGUGGUUGUUCCAACUUGACCGACAGAGUGAUCUCUGCCAUCACUGCUCGUAACGGGUGGACUCUUGAAGUCUUAAACAUCGAUGGAUGUUCCAAUAUCACUGACGCCAGCCUGGUCUCCAUUGCAGCAAACUGCCAGAUUCUCAGUGAUUUGGAUCUUUCGAAAUGCGCAAUCUCAGAUUCAGGGGUUCAUGCAUUGGCUUCCUCUGAUAAGCUCAAACUGCAGAUCCUAUCAGUUGCAGGUUGCUCUAUGGUGACAGACAAGAGCAUGCCAGCCAUCGUCGGGUUGGGUUCCACUUUAUUGGGAUUAAACCUCCAACAGUGUCGAUCCAUCUCCAAUUCCACUGUCGAGUUCUUAGUCGAGCGCCUUUACAAAUGUGACAUCCUCUCCUGAUCAACAAUUCCACUGUCGACCUGUCCACCUAUAAUGUAAGGUAUUUUAGUCCGUCCAAGUCCGUUUAUCAAGUGUCAACUGUUUUUCAGGCUCUGUGAUCUACGUGUCCCUCGCUAGGCUUGGUACCGGUUUUCCUUCUUUUUUCCAAGCAGUUCGCUUCCGGUUUCUUUUUUUCCAGUCAAUGGUUUUUUUGCGGGGUUUCCUUUUUAUCAAGGGAAACUCUUGCUUAUCUCGAAAUCGGAAGGUUGUGUUUUGCUUGAGAAUAUAUUUACCGGGUAUCCGAGAUUUUAGGGUUUAUCAUCUCCUGUUUCUUGCUUUGGUGUCUUUUACGAGCCAGUUAUCUAUUUUAUGCGCGUCGUUUGUCUUUGUUUGGUUUGGUUUUCCUCGGAAAGGUCUUGUAUGAUUUGUACGGGUUCAGGUUUUGUUCAGGCCUUGGUUCUCUCAGAGGUUUGCUCUGGCUUUUGUUGCAACAACUCUAUUAAAGAGUUUUUUGUGUUAUUUUUUUGCCAGAGCCCUCGUUUUUUUUUCCAGGCACUGUAUUACAAUCUGUAUAAACACUGUACUAAAUUAUGUAAUGCCCUUUGUGAUGGUUUAAUGAGUAUUGAAUAAAAUUCUCAUUUCGAUG